UAACCUAGACAAAGUCAAGGACUUGUCUCCCGUGUAGUGAUUUUCUUAAUACAAGUCACUUAGGAAUAUCACAGAACCAACAACGCCAGGGAUCGAUCUAAACGAGGGCUAAAAUAAACCUAUGCUUCGUAUUUCUAGAUAUAUAUAAUGGACAGAUAUUCACUAUUGUUAUUUUAAUAAUGCCUUGGAUAUAAAGCAUUACAUUUAGAGCUUAAUUUCUAGUGUAUAUUUCUGUCGCCAAAUCUCAAUCGUUUUCCAUACGAAUUAAACGGAUAUAAGACGUUUGGAUAUUUCGUGUCAUAAAAGGCAUUUGGAUAUUUCUCAGUUUUCCAUACCAAGGCAUUCAUCUGGAACGUAGCUGACCUAUAUAAAACAGUAUAAUGCAGAAUAACAACAUAGUUAACACAUGACUUUGAGAGUUCUUGUAUUCUGUGUGCCAGGCGCCAUUCAUUGCGGGUGUGUCUGUCGGAUAAAAGAGUUAUGUUUCCUUGAAGGAGAUUGAGAUGGCUGGAAUCUGACAGUUGGCCAUGGUGUCACAGAUUGUAGUGACCCUUCUAAUAGUCUUGGGACAUUCACUGGCACAGGUGCUGUAUGAAUGUCCAGAUGACUGGGUCACUUACAAUGGCUACUGCUACCUAUUCCAGAGUGACCUCCCGUCCAGUUAUGACGACGCUAAGUCCUCGUGCAGUAUUCACGGAGCAGGUGUGCUAAGUGUCGACAACAUGGAAGAGAAUUUUUACAUCACGACCUGGUUACAGAAGAAUGAUCCUUUUCAGCAAGAAUGGUAUACCAGUGGUGUUUAUGAUCCCAUCAAUAGUGCUACUUUGAAUGGAUCAACAUAUAAGUGGGAGUCAACAGGCAAUGCUAUAGAGAACGCCUUGAUGUCACAGUUCAUUGAAGCACCAAAUAUAAAGAUAGUUAAAGGAGUUAUAGUAUAUUCUUAUGGGCCUAUUGGCAUUGGUUGGAAAUAUGUAGAUGGAACGCCCAAGAAAGCUUAUAUAUGCAAGAUUGCAGAAAAGGAAGCAUAUAGGAUUGUUUUGACUAAUAGAGGCUUUGAUUAUGGAAUAGAAAACCCAGACAUGAACAAGCUAGAGUUUGGACCCUACUUCAUCCAGCAACCACAUAGUGUUGUUGUUGUUAGCAGUAUGGAGCCAUUGGUUGUAGAGUGCAUUGUAUUGGCCAACCCUGAACCUGUUUAUAAGUGGUUUCGAGGAAAUAACUUUGUUACAGAAGUCAAUGAAGAUUUAGAUUCAAGAUACUCUGUCACCAAUGGAAAACUAACCAUAACUGAUCCUGAUGAUGUGAAGGAUUCCAACUUAUACCGCUGCCAGGCAGAGAAUAAAUUUGGCAAGAUCAUAAGUGAUACAGUGGAAAUAUCUUUUGGGUAUCUGGGAGAGUUUAACAAUGUACAAGAUGCUGGAACUAGAGCUAAGGCAUAUGAAGGAGCUCAAGUCACUUGCAGUAAACUCAAUUAUAAACCUGCUGUAGUAUACACAUGGAUCAAAGCUGGGCAGCAGUUUGUCAGACCAGAGUAUCAGACUUAUAUUUUUAUCUCUGCCAAUGGAAGGUUAUACUUCUCUGAGGUCACUAUGUCAGAUGAGGCUGAAUAUACUUGUGUAGUGAGUUUGUCAGGUGUGAAUCAAUACACUAUUGGAAGCUUACAGCCUCCUUCUCGGAACAGUCUUCCUAUUCCACUCAUAGUGGAUGCUCAGAUGCCACAAGCAGACUGGGGUCCAGUGAUACAGAAUGAUUUUAUUGGAGUAUAUCCAUCCCCUCCCCUGGCUGGCCAGGACAUCAGGAUGGAGUGUUUUGCAUAUGGAUCGACAACGUCCCCAUUUUUCUACACAUGGACAAGAGAAGACAAGCCAAUGUCAACCAGCGCUUUCCUUACAGACAGCAACAGAGUUCUGAUCAUUCCAGAGGCAAAAUUGGAAGACAGUGGAACAUACAGGUGUACAGUUCGCAGGGGAGCCUCAAAGAGUGACACUAAAGUCAUCAGUUUGACAUUGGGAGCCAGACCUUAUUUUCUUAAUCAGCUUCAAAAUCAACAUGCAGACAUAGAUUCACAGCUAACUUGGAUCUGUAAUGCUAGGGGCAGUCCUGAACCUGUCUAUACUUGGUACAAAAAUGGAGUAAAAAUUGUAACAGAUCCUGAUAAACGUAUCACUAUCCAGAAGAAUGUUCUGAUAAUAAGUCAUCUCUCUGCUGACAUACAUGAUGGAAUGUACCAAUGUGGUGCUGCCAACACUCAUGGGACAUCCAUCACUUCAGCACAGCUCAGAGUUCUAGCCUUCAAGCCUAAUCUAAACAAGUACCCCCCUCCAGAAACUUUGAUGGCACCACUGACAGGAAAUAUUACCAUUCGAUGUCAACCAGAGGGUUCACCAUUCCCAAAGAUAGAGUGGACACAUGGCUCCAAUGCUAUAACUAGUGAUGGUUCAAAGUACACAAUAUUAAGUAAUGGUAAUUUGUUUAUCACUUCACUGACCAAUGGAGAUCAAGGCAGAUACACUUGCAAAGCUUCCAAUACAUAUGGAGUUAUUGAAGGCUCUACAACUUUGACCAUUGCUGAGGGCACCACUAUCAUCUUGGGACCAACAGAUCAACAAGAUGUCAUUAUUAACAAAACAAUAUUUUUAAACUGUGAUGCCAGUCAUCCUAAUGGAAUGGAUGUGGUCUAUGAAUGGACAUUCAAUGGAUUUCCUCUUUUCCUUGAAGAGAUGUACUACAAAGUGGUUCAAGAUGCUAACCAAGGUUCCAAUGGAUUGUAUGUGGUCAAUGCCCAGUUCAGACAUGAAGGAAUGUACACUUGUACAGUCAGGACACCAUUCAACAGCCAGUCAAAGUCAGCUUAUGUUACAAUCAAAGGUCCACCCAAAGAGGCUGCAGGAGUACACACCUUACCAGGAACUACGACAUCCAGCCAAACUACAGUUGCUUGGACAGCAGGCUCUGGCAGUGGGGGGCAAAUCAUUGCUCACUUUAUUCAGUAUGCAAGUGAUGAAUUCCCCAAUGAUUGGACUGAGACAGAUGCUAUACUAGUUGCUGACAGUUACAGACAGAAUGAUGUGAACGAAAACAAACAUUCUUAUACAGUAACAGGGCUUAACCCAGGCAGUGGCUAUCGAUUUAGAGUUGUUGCUCAAAAUGAGUAUGGUCGAGGUGAUCCCAGUUUACCAUCACCUUACAUUCAGAUGUUUUCAGCAGCACCAGCAAUAGCUCCAAGAAAUCUAAGAGGUGGCGGUGGCUCCGUAGGAGAUCUGGUCAUAAGAUGGGAUCCUCUCCAUAGGUCAGAGUAUGGAUCAACCACUGUCAAUUACAAGAUCUACUGGAGACAACAGAAUGACAAAUCCAAGGAUGGUGGUCUGUGGAUAGUGGACUAUAUCGUGGAUCCCAAUCAGGACAUGAUGGUCAAGCAAGUUGGUGUAGACAAUUAUUACCUUAUUUAUGAAGUGAUCAUUCAAGCAAAUAAUUCUUUUGGCUUUGGUCCAAACUCUUCUGUAGCAGAGGUGUAUUCAGCUGAUGGAAUUCCAUUGGUUGCGCCAUUGAAUGUACAGUCAGUCACACACAAUACCUCCGCUGUUGAUGUAUGGUGGGAGCCUUUAGCUGAGACUCGGGAAAUUGCAAGAGGAAAGAUUCUAGGAUAUCAGAUUAAUUACUGGAUAGAAGGUGAGAGCCCUGACCUGUAUAGGCAGUUUAUACGUUACUAUGGCAACUGCGACAAGGGUGUAGUCAUUGGCUUACCCAAUGACAUUAAUGCUGUUGUGGAUGUGCAGGUGUACAAUCAGGCAGGUUUAGGCCCAAGAUCAAGUUGGUAUAUUUAUGAAACACACAGUUUUCAACCAUUAACUUAUCCCCAAGAGAUUAGGGUCACAUCUGCUGGCCAGUACCAAGCACGUGUCUGGUGGAGGGGUGUCACCAUCACUGUACUGGAAGAAGACUUGACUGGCUACAGUUUGUUCUACUGGGUAGCCUCUGAGAACUAUCGUUCAGCGACAGAAGUCUUUGUUCCUGGGCGUGCACAUGAAACUGUUUUAACAAACUUGAGCGAUAACAGGAUUUAUGCCUUAAGAUUGGCAGCAGUUGGAAAAGGUGGUACUGGGUCAAGGACACCCAUAACUUACUUCACAUUUGAGGGUCAAGUUCUAAUAGACUCCAGCUUUGCAGAAACCAUUGAUACCUUCCUUUCUAUUGGUGUUCAGAUACAAUCUUACAUAGUCAUAAUAGUUGUAGGCAUCAUUCUUGCAUUAGUCUGAUCUCAAGUACCCAGCAGUAACAGGCUGGAGGAUGAAUUCAUUGUGUCCAAGCAUGGAGAGAGGAUAGAAAGACAUUGUAUAUAGGCUCAAAGUGAACACAAUUUCUCAAUCAAAAACAUGAUAGCGAGUAUACACACCAAACACAGCUGUUUUUAUUCAGCUGGGAAUCAUGGGAUGUGAAAUGUCUCUGUGAACAAAUAAUUCUUGUGUAAAUAUUUGUUGCAAAAAUCAUUUUCAAAAGUUUUUAUUUUGUACUAUUAUAAAUAAUAAGACAUAUUUUAUUAAUACAUUGAAAUCUUAUUUUUUUGUAUACAUUUUGUGUAAGGUGCUGAAAAAAAACGUUACAAUUGAGUGAAUGGUAACCUAUUGCGACAAAGAAAUCCAUGCUCUCAGUAGUAGUUUAUUGGAAGCUGAAGAUGAUGAGUUUUGAAUUAGUACAGCACACUGAUCUUGUAUUUUAGCUCUGAUCAUGUGUUAGUACAGCAUACUGAUCAUGUAUUUCAGCACGGAUCAUGUAUUUUAGCUCUGAUCAUGUAUUAGUACAGCACACUGAUCAUGUGUUUUAGCUCUCAUCAUGUAUUAGUACAGCACACUGAUCAUGUAUUAGUACAGCACACUGAUCAUGUAUUUUAGCUCUCAUCAUGUAUUAGUACAGCACUGAUCAACAUAAUCAUGAUGUGCUUAGUUUUUAGCUCUUAUUUUUUAAAUUUAAAUAAAACUAAACAGAAGUAGCCUGUGGCUCUUAUCCUCUAGAUCUCAGUGAAAGCAAUCCUUUUAUUUUCAUACAAAAUACUAAUAUAUAUAUAUAUAUAUAUAUAUAUAUAUAUAUAUAUAUAUAUAGUUCCAGGAUUUAAUAUAUUUAAAAAAGGAGGACUUAGAAAAAUGCUUUUGUCUUAUUUAUUGUGCCUUCCGUAUGAUAUGUUGGAACUGUGAUUGUUUUAUGGAUAUAUCAUGUUUUUGAAUAUCUUACUUCUUGAUGAUUGUGAAAUUGUUCCGUGAAAUGUUUUUAAAAUUGUAAAACAUAUUGAAAUUAGUAAGUAAAUCUGUUGAUAUAUGUAACUAAUGUAACUGUUUUUAAUGACAUGACUAAAUAGUGUAAGGAGGUAUUGGACUAAAAAAAAACUAGCCCUUAUUGAGUUCCAAGCCUAUUUAAUUUAACUUGUCACUUAUAUGUUGUUAUUUGUUUUGUUUUUCUAAACUAAUGACUAAAGAUUGUUCAUCAAUUUUGUUCAAUUUUAUUAGCUUUUAAAAUAGUAAAAAAAAAAAAUUUAAAAUAAUUUUCAUUGAUGUAAAACUAAAAAUAUAUGUUGAGCCCUAAUUGAAUGGCAUUCUAUUAGUAUGUUGGUUGUUAGGUUUGAUAAACAUUGUAAAUAUGUACAUGCAUAAUGUUGAUACACUUUGGUCCUUCCAUUCAACAACUUGUUAUAAUUUGCACAUAGUUACAUUUCCUUCACCAUUCUGUGUUAUAGACCAUUGCUCAACUUCAACUGAUUGGUUUAGAACAAGAGCAGUAUUGUUUAUUGUUGAAUGUGGAAAAUGAGUCACACACUAUCUGUUAACAGUUAUAUUAGAUAUACAUCCUUGUGAAAAAGCCACACUCUAUGAGAACUGAAUUUUAGCCAACUAGAUAUGUGUAAAUUAAAAAAAAAAGACAAGGCAUCAUGGCAUUUGAGACAUUUUGGUGCUGGGUAUUUUAGCAACAUUUUCAGCAAUAUUAAAGGAAGACAUUAAUCCUACCCCCAUUCUGUGAUUUCCAGAUGUUAACAUUAAUAGUUGCAAAAAAAAUGCAUUCCAAGAUAAACUGUAAUUUAUGAAGGCUACAACAGAAUAGAGAUUUCUGUUGAACACAACAAAACACAGACACACAAGCCUUUUUUUUUUAAAAAAGGAAUUCAUAGAACUUAUGAUGCACAAUGAAAUACCAGAAAAUCACAAUGGUAUUACUGAAAUAGCAGCAUCCAAAUAUCUAGCUUUGACUGGCACACCAAUGAUGUCAUUUAAAUGAGCAUACUCUAAUGGGAUAGCUUGGCACCACAAAUUCUCUAUAAUGAGACUUGAGACAAAUGUUUUUUUUUCCCUUUAAUAUCCAAAAGUGGGGCAUUUCUUUCUUUCUUGUGCUGUCUUUUGAUGGUGGCCUACAGUUUUAGGUGAUACAAUUACCAACCCAUCUGUAGUUCUGUUAUCUUUAGACUCUUUUUGAACAUGCAUCAAAGUCCUGUUUAGGCCACUAUAAGAUGUUCAAGUUUUAAACUCUCCCUAAGCCAGACUUCAACACCAACAACUUCAUAUCAGUGAGUUAUUGUGGAAUAUUAAAUAUAUGUACUUUCAUUAUUCUAUGUAUAUCUCUUAUAAAAGCUUAAUUGUUUAUAAUGUUAAUGAAUAAAAUAUAUAACGUCUGUUAUACUGG